ACUGAGAUUUUGCAAGAUGAUGGCUAAACCCAAGUAGCAAACGGUAAACAAUCGCUCAUUUGGAAAUGAAAGGGUGGGUCUAAAAGCAUUGGCCGAUUCGGACUGGAGUUUGCAGGCACAUUUACCCAACGCUCUUGGCAGCGAAAACAAUCCAGAGCGAAUAGCCUGGUUCGGAAAUGUCGAUUGUAAAUGAAAUUGCGCUCCUCCCCUACCUUGUUGCUGGCUACCCCCUUGAGCUCGAGUCGGCCCCGGUGCGGCGUGCUACUAUUUCACUAAGCUCUCGACUUUCUGGAUAUAUGCACUGCCAUGGCAUAUCGCUCCGCGCGCUUGGGUAUUCUACAGAGCAUUGGCCACAUAUACCUGUCGUAUACCUGUCGUAUACCUGGCAAGCGAAUCAAACAAGAAGCAGAGAGGCGUCUUCCAUUCUAGAACCACCAACCUCCGACAACGCUCCCUGGCGGCGUGUUGGGUUAUCCAUUCUCAAGUCCGCCCCUAUCCAUUGUGUGCCCAGCGAGUGUAUUCAGUUAUCAAUUUUCUUUUGGAGAUUCCCAUGCCCUCGCCACCAGACUUGGCAGCAGCUCUCAGUCCAUCAAAAUGCAAACAGAACGCCAGCCCAACCAUUGAUACCGGGCGAAUGGGAGUGUAUGGUUCUUUUACAACCACUGCUAACGGCGCAAGACCCUAAACCUCCAUGCCUCAAAGAGCCUAUCCCUUCCACCGAAUCGCAGGGCGGUGGACCCAAACACAAUUUAUAGCUUGCCUCCCGGUCCAUCUCAGCAGUGCCAUUCCCACCCUCCUUUCUGCUCUCCUUUCUCAUCUUUUACUGCAGCCAGGAUAUCACCAAAAAGCCCAAAAGCAUCUGCUCAUGGAGAUGGAUCGGAUGCCGCGUCUGUUCCGGAUCAGCUACGACGAGGACCAUCAUGGGCGCGAAUGCACGUGCAACCUCUGCCAAGGGCUAAUACCUGUUUCUUUCACCACCACGCCAGUCAUCUGAACGUCACUACAUAUUGGCA